UGAGGGCUACGGCGUGGUUUGUGCCGUGCGGAAAUAGGCUUCUCUUGCAAGCCUGAGGAAGAGGAAGCCAGCAGCGGGUUUCGGAUUCAGGAGUCUGGAUUCUAGUGGAAAGAUCGAGGGAGGGGGUUAAAAAAGACCAGGAACCCUAAUACGAUCUCUCGGCUGUUUCCGAGGGGGCCAGCUUCCACGGGGAACCCUUCUGCCCUGGUAACGGCCGGAGAGGAGGAGAUGGCGCCAGUCAGGGAGCGGCCGUGGCCAAGUCAGUGAGGAAGCGCGCAGGCGGAGCAGCCGACACCUGGGGAGAAGAAUCGGAGCCGUCGCCGUCACCGCUGCCGCCGCCGCCACCAUGGAAGGAGCCAAGCCGACCUUGCAGCUCGUGUACCAGGCCGUGCAGGCGCUCUACCACGACCCGGAUCCCAGCGGGAAGGAGCGCGCCUCGUUUUGGCUUGGGGAGCUCCAGCGUUCGGUCCAUGCGUGGGAGAUUUCUGACCAAUUGUUACAGAUCCGACAGGAUGUGGAAUCAUGCUAUUUUGCUGCACAGACCAUGAAAAUGAAGAUUCAGACCUCAUUUUAUGAGCUCCCUACAGACUCUCAUGCUUCUUUACGGGACUCAUUGCUAACCCAUAUCCAGAACUUGAAAGACUUGUCACCUGUUAUUGUAACACAGCUGGCUUUAGCAAUAGCAGACCUUGCCCUACAGAUGCCUUCCUGGAAAGGGUGUGUACAAACAUUGGUGGAAAAAUAUAGCAAUGAUGUAACUUCUCUGCCUUUUUUGCUGGAGAUCCUUACAGUGUUACCUGAAGAAGUACAUAGUCGUUCAUUACGGAUUGGAGCAAACCGGCGCACAGAAAUUAUAGAAGACUUGGCCUUCUACUCUAGCACAGUAGUAUCUCUAUUGAUGACCUGUGUAGAAAAAACUGGAACAGAUGAGAAAAUGCUUAUAAAAGUCUUUCGCUGUUUGGGAAGUUGGUUUAAUUUGGGAGUUUUGGACAGUAACUUUAUGGCUAAUAAUAAGUUACUAGCGCUCCUUUUUGAGGUUUUGCAACAGGACAAGACCUCAUCUAAUUUACAUGAAGCUGCUUCAGACUGUGUGUGCUCAGCUCUUUAUGCCAUAGAGAAUGUGGAGACUAACUUACCGUUAGCCAUGCAACUUUUUCAGGGAGUCCUGACAUUGGAGACUGCUUACCAUAUGGCUGUGGCACGUGAGGAUUUAGACAAAGUUCUGAAUUACUGCCGUAUUUUUACUGAACUAUGUGAAACUUUUCUUGAAAAAAUUGUUUGUACUCCCGGCCAAGGUCUGGGAGAUCUACGAACUUUGGAACUGCUUCUUAUCUGUGCAGGGCAUCCCCAGUAUGAGGUGGUAGAAAUUUCCUUUAACUUCUGGUACCGACUAGGAGAACAUUUAUACAAAACUAAUGAUGAGGUUAUUCAUGGCAUCUUUAAAGCUUACAUUCAGAGGCUGCUUCAUGCCUUGGCUCGACAUUGCCAGAUGGAGCCAGACCAUGAAGGGGUUCCUGAGGAGACUGAUGACUUUGGGGAGUUUCGGAUGAGGGUAUCAGACCUGGUGAAGGACUUGAUUUUCUUGAUUGGGUCUAUGGAGUGUUUUGCUCAGUUAUAUUCUACUCUGAAAGAAGGCAACCCACCCUGGGAGGUGACAGAAGCGGUUCUGUUUAUCAUGGCAGCUAUAGCAAAGAGUGUUGAUCCGGAGAACAAUCCUACACUUGUGGAAGUCCUAGAAGGCGUUGUCCGUCUCCCAGAGACUGUACAUACAGCUGUGCGAUAUACUAGCAUUGAAUUGGUUGGAGAAAUGAGUGAAGUGGUUGAUCGAAAUCCUCAGUUCCUUGACCCAGUGUUGGGCUAUUUGAUGAAAGGCCUGUGUGAAAAACCUCUGGCUUCUGCUGCAGCCAAAGCCAUUCAUAAUAUUUGCUCGGUCUGUCGGGAUCAUAUGGCUCAGCACUUCAAUGGACUCCUGGAGAUUGCUCGCUCCCUUGAUUCAUUCAUGUUGUCGCCAGAAGCUGCUGUGGGCUUGCUAAAAGGAACAGCACUUGUUCUAGCAAGAUUACCUUUGGAUAAAAUUACUGAAUGUCUUAGUGAAUUGUGUUCUGUUCAAGUUAUGGCAUUAAAAAAAUUGUUGUCUCAGGAGCCCAGCAAUGGAAUCUCCUCAGAUCCUACUGUGUUCUUAGAUCGACUGGCUGUUAUAUUUAGACACACCAAUCCCAUUGUGGAAAAUGGACAGAGUCACCCGUGCCAAAAAGUCAUACAGGAAAUAUGGCCAGUUUUAUCCGAGACUCUAAAUAAGCAUCGGGCCGAUAACCGCAUUGUAGAGCGUUGUUGCAGAUGCUUGCGCUUUGCUGUUCGCUGCGUAGGUAAAGGAUCUGCAGCCCUCCUCCAGCCUCUAGUCACACAGUGUAAUUAUGAUGGCAUGAAUCUUAGAAGGUUUAUUCAGCGUAGCCCUGUCACCUUACUGAGGAGUCAAGUGGUCAUCCCAAUCUUACAGUGGGCCAUUGCUUCUACCACCCUGGACCACCGAGAUGCCAAUUGUAGUGUCAUGAGGUUCCUACGAGAUCUCAUCCAUACAGGAGUAGCCAAUGAUACUUUUUGUCGGUGGUUAGAGAAUUCUUUGAAAGGUUUGCCAAAGGAGACAACUGUGGGAGCUGUCACAGUGACACACAAACAACUUACAGAUUUCCACAAGCAAGUCACUAGUGCUGAAGAAUGCAAGCAAGUUUGCUGGGCCUUGCGAGACUUCACAAGGUUGUUUCGAUAGCUCACAUUCCUGCACUGUGCCUGUCACCAAGGAAUGUCUUUUUGAAUUAGAAGACAGGAAGAAACAAAACCCAGACUGUGUCCCACAAUCAGAAACCUCCGUUGUGGCAGAGGGGCCUUCACUGCCACCAAGGCAUCCCUCCAGACAAGGAGAGACUCCAGCCUUCUGAGGCAUCCCGAGGAGUUCCUGUUUGGGGUGUGAGGGAAAAUCAGUGUGGUUUUAAAGAGAUGGCUGCAGCCUGUCCGGCAUGAUGGGAGGGGAGCUGGUUUCCUGAUGAACUUGUUUCUUAAAGGAAAAAUAACUAAUGAAAUAAAAGGGGGGAAAAAGGAAAACUGAAACCAGAACUGAAGCGUUCUCCUAGUAGCAAGUGACACACACAUACGCUCAUAACCUAUAAGGAAGACGAGAAUUCAGAUGCACUAAAUUGCCACCGUUGGAAGUAAAGGGUCAGGGGCAUCUCUUAAAAUGUUCUGUUUUAUCUUCCUCUCUAUUCUUCCCUUCCUUCUUUGCCUUUCCUGUGGAUAAAGGUAUUCCCCCCCACUGUUUGUUUUCACCUUUAGUUGUUCAGACAAGCCUAUUGUAUCAUGGUCACAUCAGUGAUACUCAGGACCUCCUCAGAGUCAAAAUUCAUAUUUAAUGUUUAGCCCAACCCUGACCCUGUCUGAUCUCUAAAUUCACUUAUAAUCCACACAACCUUGUCACCAGCCUUGGGGAAGAAGAGCAAAAAUUGUGGUAGGUGGGGAAGGAUAUAAAUGUGUUUUCUGUUUUUUAGGCCUUGUUGUUUUCGUUAGCAACUUACUCACCUCCAGAUAGGAGAGAAGAGAGGGGGCAAAAGAGGAUGGGGUAUGGAAAAAUGUUUACAGGGCCAAUUGUGUUUUACUAAAAAGUGUGGGAAUCAAUUGACUUAGGGGGAUGAGGCCAAAGAGGAAGCCCAGAACAGAUCUUGAUGUUUUAAAGGAGGGUAGUCCUGCACAGCCAUUAGAUAUGAGGGCCCUGUUCUGUCUGCUGUUUUAGCCAUCUCAAGAACAAAUCAACAGCAAAAAAGAAAAGA